AGCUUUGAGGAACGAAGAGGAAAUAAUCGGAUCGUGUAUAUAUACAUACGCAUGGACGUAGGGCGACUUAUCGGAAAGCUCGCCAUGAAUUGAGAGAGAGACUCGAGCAACUAGGGAUGGACGAUAGAUAUGUAGAUACCUGGGUCGAGAAUGGAGCAGAUCGAGGAGGGACCACGGAUUUUGGGCUUGGGUUUGGGCUUGUUCUUGCUCAUCCUGAUGUGGUCAGUCACAUUUCUGUUGGUUCUCGUGUGUUCACGGCUGUCUUCGGGCACGGGAAUGGCUUUAACCUGUCUUGCGAGUGUCAUCACGGCCGUUUUGGUGGCCAUGCCACGCCAUCCUCCCCAGGUGAAGGGCGAUGUCCAAAUUGAGACCGAGGACAACAAGCUUCAGCUUAAUAAGAUCUACGACACGGCCAUGGUUUGGCGCCUGCUGGUGUUGGUCAUUCUAUCCGUUAUUUUGGUGAUCUCGUUGGUGGCCGUGUUUUGCGUCCACGCCAUGAGACAGGUACACCAUCAACCUUUGAAGAAGCACAAACUUGGACCCAAUUGACACUUUCUAUGCGUUUUAUUAGUUAUUAUGUUGUAUUAAUAACCAAAAUCACAGCUUUAUAA